AAUUUAAGAAACUUUGAGGGUGAUUCCAGUCAACUGGUGAAGCUCGCGACGCAAUAUUUCUCAAGCUGGAAGAACAGUAAGUAUGACGCCACCAAAAUUCGAGAGGAAAUGGCUGCCGCUGGGAUUACCGACGAAACGGCAAUUCAGAAUGUCCAGAAGUGGUUCGACAUCUUCGUCAAGAAGGUCAAGGAUUCAUGA